AUGGUGUACAUCAAGCAUAUAGUCACCAGCCUGGGACUGAACACCUGGGGUUUCGUUCUCUACAACAACUUCCUCUCCCUCCUAAUGGCUCCCGUUUUCUGGAUGAUCACGGGUGAAUUUCGCGAGACGAUUAAAGCCGUGAGCACGGCGUCGUGGGAUUUCGGGAUCGUCUUCCCCGUGCUGCUGUCCUGCGCGUUCGGCCUCGCUAUAAGCUUUUUCGGUUUCGCCUGCAGAAAAGCGAUUUCAGCCACGGCGUUCACUGUACUUGGCGUGACGAACAAGCUGCUGACUGUCGUCAUCAACGUGAUGAUAUGGGAUAAGCACGCAUCCCCUUUUGGGGUGCUCUGUCUGUUCAUUACAAUCGUUGGUGGGGUGAUGUACCAGCAAUCGACUGUGAAGCAAAACUACCGUGGUGGCGGGGGAGGAGGGUCUGCCAAACGAGAGGAGUUGAAACCAUUGACGUCGCCCAAGGAUGUUGAAGCCCACAAGGAUCACGUGGAAGAGGAAGGAGCCGAAACUGCUGCUGAGCCCCAAUAG